GUAACAUUUAUUCUUCUCUAUUAGCAUUAUUUAUUUAUUCAUAGUUGAAUUAUAUAAUGCUGUUCGCCGUUUCUUUUCUUAUUCUUCUCGCUACACACACCUUCGGGCAAACUCUCAAUGCCUGGAAGCAAACCGUUUUCGAAGGAUGCUGCAAUUACGCAGUAGAUGGAAAUAUAACGACCUACGAUGAGGUUGAUUCCAUACCAAAUAGGAUUAGCCUUCUAUUAAAUUUUCCAGAUAUAUACCUUGGCUUUUAUGUCCAAUCCUCAGGUCCUUACAUCACCGAUUACUAUGUUGUAGCUGUCGAGAGUACGACAGACACAGAGAUCAUUAUUGGCAAGGUUUCCAACGCUACCUCUAACUUCACUGUCGUCAAUUUUUACAACUCCGCUGGCAAAGCCGAGAUUGUGACGGAGACGAUAUUCUUCGAAAUUACAGGAGUAUCAGAUGGGGGUAGCACUGCGUUCAUCAACGAGAUUUAUCCCAUCUAUUCAGGCAACACCAUUGUCUACCCACCCGGUCAAUCCGCGCAACCCUCGCCAACACAAUCCACUACGGCAACCCCAACGUCAACCGCUACUCCCGUCAUUCCUACACCCACCGCCCCUGGCAUAACUCUCAACACCUGGCCCACCAUCAGUGCAACUAAACCUGUCGUACAGAGCCCCGCAUACGUCGACGGUAACCCAGCCACAGGUCUUACCUCCUCACGCUAUUAUCUCCUCUUCAACACCCCAAGCACUUACGAAGGAUUUUACGUCCUAUCUCAAUCACCAAACUAUUUGACCGAUUAUCACGUUAUCGGUGUGAAUAAUACAAGUUCUACGGACUUUGAACUUUGUCGUGUUACAGGUGCUACGUCAAAUUUCACUCUUUGUGCAUUUGUGGAUGAGGCUGGGAACCCGGGGUACAGGACUAAUACCAUUUUUAUUUAUCAGGAUGGUGCUUCGGAUGCACAGUUAAAUGAGGUUUAUCCAAUUUGGCCUGGUGAUGUCAUAGUGGAUCCCAAUGCUUAAUUCUUUUGGAGGUUUACGAUAAUGUCUUUGCCAACUUUUGGUUUGGAGAUUGAUUGAUGUUCAGGCUUCUGGAUAUUUAGCCAUUGGGUACUGGUUAUGGUAGAAAAGGGUGUCCAUAGUCUGGAAUGCUUGAGUAGAUUUAGACUCUAAUCUUCGAAAUCAUUUCGAUUUCCCAUUGGAUCUAGGGAAGAGCGCUAUGAGUCGUCAUCAAAUUGCCUUCCGGGGAAUCAAGGGCUCUGAUCAGUAGCAGCUAGAAUGAGGGAUUACAUACUAUCAAUGAUAAUGAACGAUUCAUGUCAUCGCAGCCAU